UGGUGCGCUGUGUCCCUCAGACACAGUGGAUCACCGAUCUACGGAAAGAGACGAAGAUGUCGGCUCGGUCAUGCGAUCAGCUGUGUCCAAUCACAGCUGAUCACAUGGGACAUGUACACUGAUCAUCAGUGCCCUGAUGAUCAGUGUGCCCUGAUGAUCAGUGUGGCCCCAGAAGUGCCACCUGUCAGUGUCUAUCAGUGCCAGCUGCCAGUGCUGAACAGUGCCAGUUGCCAGUGCCACAUCAACACCAAAUAUCAGUGCCUACCAGUGCACAUCAAUGCCACAUAUCAGUGCCCAUCUGAGCUGCCUUUCAGUGUCACCCAUCAGUGCCAGUCAGUGCCACCUAUCAAUGCCAAUCAGUGCCACCUAUCAGUGCUGCCAAUCAGUGCCACCUAUCAGUGGCGGGCAGUGCCGCCUAUCAGUGUGCAUCAGUGCCGCCUAUCAGUGCCUGUCAGUGCCGCCUAAUAGUGCC